CUGAGCGCUUGGGAAGGGCAGUUGGGCAACAGGUUCCUACCCGACGACGGGCUUCCAAGUUUCCGUGCCACCCGCACACAGGCGCUCAGUCAAUCCCCCGAAUCGACCCACAGUCCCCUCGCUGCCCGGACUUGGACGUGGAGGUUGAGAGUGAACGGUGGCAGGGCCAAGGCUGGACACCGGUUGCGAGACCCCCGGGCCCGGCGGCAACACUGGGCGACACGCUGGGGCCAGGGCCGGGCCCCUCGCCGGCCCCUUCCAUGGAGACCGGCUGCCUGGGCCGGUGGAGAGCGGAGAACGACCGGGUAAUCAGCCGGUGGAAGGAGGCCCAGCACACUGCCGUCGACUGCGCCCUGCAGCAGGCUGCCCGGCAGAGCCACCUGGCCCUUAGUAGACUCCUCCGUGAGAUUCAGGGACUGCCCGGGACCGUCCGUGGACUCCCCCUGGAAAUCACCGUCCUUUACAACGCCCUGGUGUUGGGGGCCGGCUUGGCUGGGGGCUUCACCCGGGACCACGGCGACGGGAUCCGGAUCGGCCCACAGCGGGUCCUGGAGGCGCGUGGAGAGAGCAGCAGUGGGGACCCCCAGCAGCUGUGGGAGGCCGUCUUCCGGGCCCGUCCGCCCCCGGAGCUGUUCCUGCCUCUGCACCGUCUAGCCGGUCUGCAAGGGGCACUCUGGCUGGCCGCCGACCACCCGGGGAAAGCGGCCGACCUGCUUGGAAGGCUGAGCCCCGGCCAGGCCGAGCCCCCGCCCGGAGACAGAGCGACCCGAGGAGGGAGCGACACGGAGCGGCUCGUCGUGCUGCUGGCCCGGUGGGAGCCCCCCGGGGAGGACCCGCGGGCGGCGCUGGCCGCGCAGGGGGCCCGGGAGCUGAGAGACGCGAUGCUCACGGCCGCCGCCUUCCGCCACGGGCUGCAGGCGCUGGAAGCGGAGAACCCGUCCGAGGCGCUGACCGCUCUGCAGGAAGCCGCCGCCGGCCCGUGCUCCCGCCGCGUCCUGGCCGAGAUCCACACGGCUCUGAGCCGCUGCCACCUGCGCAUGGGCCGGCCCCAGACGGCGCUGCGGUUCCUGCUUGGGGCCCUGCAGGCCGACCCCCUCGGAGGGGCUCCGCUCUACCAGGCGGCGGCCCUCCAUCGCCAGCGGGGCCACGCUUCCGCCGAGCUGGAGACCCUGGAGCUGCUUGCGGAGGUCCUGAGCGUCCCGGACGACCCCCGGGGCCCAACCUUUCUCCGCUGCCUCGUCUGCGUGGAGUUCCUGGUCCCGGGGCCCCGCCCCACCGCCCCCCUGCAAAAGAGGGAGGUCAAGUGCCUGCUUGCCCGCAGAUAUCUCCAGGCCAGGAGAGCGGAGGAGGCCUCGGAGCAUUACCUGGACCUGCUGGCGCUGCUGCAGGAGGGGCCGCAGCAGCAGGUCUCUCCGUCCGGCAGCCCCGAGGUCUUCCUGGAGGCGGCGGCUGCCUUGGUCGAGGCAGGCAGAGCCCGGGCCGCCCUGGCCGUGUGCGCGGAGCUCCUGGGCCGCGUAGAGGGCCGGCUCCCUUCGGCGUUGAGGCUGGAGACCCCCGAGGCCAUCCCGGAGGAGGCGAAGGACCCACUGAGCCGCCUCCUGUGGGCGGCGGCCGCCCACCUGCUCCAGGGCCAGGCCUGGAUUGUCCUGGGGGAUUGGAAGCAAGCCGUGUCCUAUUUCACCCAGUGCCUCGGCUUCCUGUUCCGUGUGCAGCUCGGGAACGGAGGGUCGGAGGAAUCCCCCCCGGAGGUGGAAGCGCUGCGGCAGCUCCGGGGUGCCGCGCUGAUCGGGAGAGGGACGCAGCAGCUGGAGAACGGUCGGGAGGCCCAGGCCCUACAGGAUUUCCUCCUUGGAGCGCAGGUGUGCCCAGGGAACCGGGACACGGCCCUCCACCUGGUCCGGGCCCUCUGGAAGCUGAACCGCAGGCAGGAGGCGGCGGCUCGGUGGCGGGAGCUGGAGGCCCCCUUGGCGGAGCCGGACGCGGAGAGCCAGCGGGCGGCGGACAGGCGCCUCCCCCUGUACCUGGUCUCCUGCCUGAGCUGGAGUCGCUUCCCGACGGAAGAGCCCCUUCUUGGAGAGCUGCGGGCCCACGCGCCGCAAGCCGCCGGCCGUUAGCCACCCAUCCCCGGCCACCCGGCGGGACUGCCGCCUCCUUCUCCGGGAGGAGUGUGGAUAAGGAAGAGGGAGCUCCAGAGGAACCGUCGGG